AUGCAGCUUACUGGAAAAACUUUGAGGGAUUGGUUAGGUAGGUACAAGAGUGCUUAUAUCAAGGCAAGGAAUUGGAGAGAUGGGACUGGUGCAGGUACGGAUGAAAAUGGUGUCCAAAGAGAUCUCACAUCGAUUAACAAGAUCUUAGAAGACAAAUGUCCGUGUUUUGAGGAAAUGGACGCCAUCUUCAAAGACAAGCCGAAUGUUGUGGCGUUUGGAAUCUUGGACUCUGGAGUUGACAAUUCCCAACAAGACUUACCAGGCACGUGGAUUCUUCAAUUAAAAUCACCUUCUGAACCUUCUCAACAUCCCACUGAGAUUACUCAUGUAUCUGACUCUGACCCUGGUCCUCAUCAUCCUUCAGGCAACGACAGCGAUGGCUUGCCUUCUGACCACUCAUCUUCCAACAAAUCUGAUUCUGAUAACGGAUUGGCUCACGAUGCUCACGAUGCUCACGACGAUGAUGGUUACACUCGUCCAACAACUCAGCAAGAAUCGUAUUCAGCUUUACAACGGGUCAUCAAAUCCUUCAAAGAGCAAGAGGAACAAGAGCAAUAUGAUUUUCGCCCCCUUCCACCUCCAAUUGAACCUCCUGCCAACUAUAAAGCCUUUUCAGUCCCUGCCGAAGAUGAAGAAAAUGAAGAUAGUGAUGAGAUUGAAGAACAUCAAGAGAAAAAUGGUGAUGAUAAAGAGAACGAACCAAUGGACAUUGACAAGAUGGAAGUUGACCGCCUUUUGAAUGAAGAUGUAGAAGCUAAUUUCAUACCUAGUGAUGUACUCCUCGAUAGCGACAACUCGGAAAUCGCUCCCCCUCCCAAGAAGAAAGCUCAACCUUCCCAACAAGCAUCCCAAAAGAGAACUCGCAAGUCGAAUGAAGAAGGCCCCGGCAAAAAGAAGAGCAAACAAGUCGAAUGGUCUCACACCUAG